AUGAUCUCCACAGCCACUUCCGCAGCAAGGCUUGCUGUCACACGGCAUGCCCCAAUAGCCGGACAACAGCUGCGCACGCGCUACCGCAGCCCGUGCUCGCUGUCACGGUGGUCAUCCACCUCUUCCUACUCCUCCUCAGACUCUCCAACAUGCUCGACAGAUCUCAUCGACGAACUCGAACACCGCGGACUCGUCGCAACGCUGACUUCGCGCGCUCUGCGCUCUCAUCUCUCCACCGGCCCGCGCACUGUCUACUCGGGCGUCGACCCGUCCGCCGACUCCCUGCACGUGGGCAACCUCCUGCCCUUGCUCACCCUUGCACACUUUGCACGGUUCAACCACAACCCGAUCGUGCUCGUUGGUGGUGCCACGGGGAGUAUUGGCGAUCCGAGUGGGCGCAGCUCGGAGCGGAAUGCGCUGGACAAGGAGACGCUCGAGGGGAAUGUGGAGGCGAUCAAGGCGCAGUUGCGCAGGUUCUUCGAUAACGUGCAACAGUGGUACCGUUCAGAAGAGGGGUACCAACGGAAGGCGGGGAGCGGGGGGGAGCGGGGUGUGGAGCUCGGAAUGGGUGUGCGGAUGAUGAACAACUACGACUGGAUGAGCGGGAUUUCCUUGCUCGAUUUCUUGGGCGGUGUCGGGCGGCAUGCACGCCUAACCCAUAUGCUGGCGCGCGACUCGGUCGCAUCCCGCCUCACCCCGGCAUCCACCACCGGAGGGGCAGGCGGGAUGUCCUACACGGAAUUCUCCUACCAGCUGCUGCAAGCGUACGACUUUUCGUUGCUGCACUCGGCGCACGGCUGCACGGUGCAAGUGGGCGGCUCAGACCAGCUGGGCAACAUCACUGCGGGGAUUGACCUCAUCCGGCGGCUGUCGCCCUCCGGGUUGACGGACGACCCUGCGUACGGGCUGACGCUGCCGCUGCUGACCACACACACGGGAGAAAAGUUUGGCAAGAGCGCCGGAAACGCCGUCUGGCUCUCGGCGGACAAGACGAGCGACUGGAGCUUCUACCAGUUCUUCCUGCGCACGACGGACCAGGAUGUGGUCCGCUACCUGCGCUGUCUUACGCUCCUACCCGCACAGCACAUCGACGACGUGCUGCGCGUGCACAGUGAGGCACCCAGACUGCGGCACGCGCAGCAGACACUGGCGAUGCACAUGACGCGCCUGAUCCGCGGCACCCCAGCGGCGGACAAGUGCAGAGCCCUCGCGCAAGUCCUCUUCUCGCACACGUCCAGCGACGACCCACCCGCCGCGGCGAAACACGCCCUGUCGCAGAUAGACACCGCAUCGCUCGGGGCCGAGGGUCUUCUGGCUUCGCUCCCGCGCGAACACGUCGUCGGCGCCGACCUGACGAAGGUCGUGGUCGCCGCUGGUCUGGUCAAGAGCAGGGCCGAGGCCAAGCGGCUCCUGCAGAGUGGCGGGCUGUAUGUGAACAAUGUGCAGGUGCAGAGCGCCGGUGCAGCGGUGCGCGCCGAGGAUCUCGUGCACGCCAGAAUGUGCCUGCUGAGGGCGGGCAAGUCCGCGGUCAAGGUCGUGGUGGUUGAGUAA